AGAAGAGCAAGCGCAGCCGGAAGGACAGACCCUGGCAGAAGGACGGAGCAGUGCCGUGUCGGGAUUGUGGUGAGCUAGCUGAGGAAGAUGCUGACCAAUAUCUCUAACGUGCUGAGAGCGGGCGCUCAGAGAAAUGGAGUUGCAGUGGUCAUGUCAGCGCGUACAUAUGCUGACUUCACAACCCAGGCCUCCUUUGAAAUAAAGAAAUGUGACGUUCACAAGUUGGAUGAAGCCCCAGCCACUCAGGUGGUUAUGACUCGGGAUGAGGGUCUGCAGUACUACCGCACCAUGCAGACCAUAAGGCGUAUGGAGCUGAAGGCAGAUCAGCUGUAUAAGCAGAAGAUCAUCAGAGGAUUCUGCCACUUAUAUGACGGCCAGGAGGCCUGUGCCGUUGGUAUUGAGGCGGGAAUUAAUUUGACAGACCACCUGAUCACUGCGUACCGCGCCCACGGCUACACUUACACCAGAGGAGGGACUGUGAAGGAAAUCAUGGCGGAGCUCACCGGCAGAAGAGGAGGUAUUGCAAAGGGCAAAGGAGGCUCAAUGCACAUGUACUGUAAAAACUUCUAUGGAGGAAAUGGAAUUGUCGGAGCUCAGGUUCCCCUGGGUGCUGGUGUGGCUCUGGCCUGCAAAUAUCUGGGCAACAACGAGCUGUGUGUCAGCCUCUAUGGAGACGGUGCUGCCAACCAGGGUCAGAUUUUUGAAACCUACAAUAUGGCAGCACUGUGGAAGCUGCCCGCCAUCUUCAUCUGUGAGAACAACCGGUAUGGCAUGGGCACAUCAGUGGAGCGAGCUGCAGCCAGCACAGACUACUUCAAGAGAGGAGACUACAUCCCUGGUCUCCGGGUGGAUGGGAUGGAUGUUCUGUGUGUUCGGGAAGCGACCAAGUUUGCAGCUGAUCACUGCCGAUCUGGGAAGGGUCCCAUUCUCAUGGAACUUCAGACCUACCGCUAUCAUGGACACAGUAUGAGUGAUCCUGGUAUCAGCUAUCGCACACGUGAGGAGAUCCAGGAGGUCCGCGGCAAGAGUGACCCUAUCUCCCUGCUGAAGGACCGCAUGCUCAGCAACAACAUGGCCAGCGUGGAGGAGCUCAAGGAGAUUGAUGUGGAGGUGAGGAAGGAAAUUGAAGAUGCUGCUCAGUUUGCCACCACAGAUCCUGAACCCCCACUGGAAGAAUUGUGCAACCACAUGUUUUAUAACAAUCCACCAGUGGAGGUGCGCGGCACGCACCCGUGGAGCAAGCUGAAGUCUGUUAGCUAAAGUUUUUUUCAUCAUCUCAUGAUGUCUAUUAUAUAUUAACUCCCCAUGCCCCUCACAUAUACGCACACAUCAUGAAAUGUACCAUGAAGUUGUGCCUCAGACCCAGAGCUUAAAGCAUCAACAAGUAAUUUAAUUUUAAUGUUUACAUUUAAACAGCAGGUACCAGAUUCACAAAGAUGUUCUGAGAAUAAAACUGUAUGCAGACACAGUCAAAGAUAUUUUGGGCUACAAAAAUGUUCACGGUAAACACAAAGCCUUACAAAGGGAAAUGUAAGUUCAAUCAUCUUUAAAUGGUGUCGGUGGUCAAAACCUUGUUAGCAUAUGUCACGGUGAUGCCAAAGUCUCAUGAAAUUCUGUCCCAUAUUUAUUUAUAUUUUUUGUAAUGGUAUUGAACUAUUUGCAAACUAUUCAGAAAAUGCACCAAAAUAUAUAUAAAUCAAUUCCUGUCAUCGUCAAUAUAUUUAUUUUAUUUUAAAGGGAAGCUCACAAAAUGACUACUGUUUUUAAAGCAUGUUGGGUUCUCCUUACAUUAAGCAUUUAGCAUAUUUUAUCUUCAGAAGGUUUUGUGAAUCUGGCCCCAAAGUGAAUAUAUUUAGUAGAUUCUAAAGUUGCUUGUUUGAUGAUCACCUUUGGUCACUUUUGAGGUGCAAUUUAGCAAAUGUUCAUCCAUCACAGUCCAAUCUCAAAAAGUGACUGACCUGUUUUUAAAAAAAAAAAAAAAAAAAAGCCUUUGUACUCUUUAUACAAGUGUACGCGAUAAACCAUUAAGUUUAAGUUAACUAGUUCUUGUCUUUUUUUUUUUUUUUUAUUUAACCACCUUGUUACAAAGGCAGCAGGACAAAUGCUGUUGUCACUAUCCGCAUUCUCAAUAUGUCUCCAUGUGUCUUUCUUUCAAUAUACUGUAUAUGAGUUGGGUGAAGAAUACCAAGGGAAAGGUUAGAAAUAUUUUAAUUCAUCUUGCCAAACCAAACGUGCCUGGCAGAUCUUGUUGAUUUUAGAGGAUGAAUGUGUCGUCUCAUGUUUUUGUCGCAAUCCAAGUUGAACAGCAUCUAAAAGCCAAAUGUUUGAAGACAUGUUCAAAAAGUGUUUUUAGUAUACAUAUGGUUAUUUUGCAGAUACAUACAUAAACAUUAACUGCUCAUUUUCAUCUAUUUGCAGAAGCUCUUGUUCAAUUCCUGAUGUACUUGUGGGAGGAUAAUUAUUGUCCUAAAUAUUUACACUCAAAAUGACCACAAGCUGAACCAGCUGUGAACAUAAACAUAAUGACUUUUAGCUAAUCACUUAAAUUUUGCAAAUCAAAGGGAGAUGUUGGGUAAAGUAUUGGUUCAGCUGAGAGAGUUUCAGUGGCUAUAUGUGCCACGUUUUGCUCAGUAGGUGUUUUGUGGUAUUCCGAUAGGUCCACAGUGGAACAUUAUUGGCUCAAAUGCACAGCGGUACAUGGACAUUUUAAAUUUCAGUUUUUUCUUGUCAAGUACUUAAAAACAUUGUGAAAAAAAGUCUCUUCACUGACACAUCAGGUAGCAAAAUACAAACAACAACAUGUACUGCUAGCAGCAAACUGCCACGUCAUUCACUAGUAUUUGUUGUAAACAUUGCAACAGUGUAUGUAACCCUUUAAAGGGUGCCUGAAGGGAAGGGUAUUUUCUUUGAAAUGUGAAAAGUAUUUAGUCAAAUAAGAAGACAAACUAAAAUUUAAAAUGUCAAUACCUGUCAUAUUACACCUGAAAAUGCCUACAGUGUGAAUAUUUAAUGUGUAGUAAACUGUUACAUUGAGGGUGGUCGUCAUGGAAACAUUGGUUUUAUGUAUGCGCACAUUGUAAUAAAAAGACUGUAAGGUA